AUGUAUACAGUUGCCGCUAAUACUUUAACCAAUGCAGAAAAGCUAAUUUCUGCCGCAGAUGAAUUAGCAGCUCAGGCAGAUGAUCCCGAAGAAAUAUUACAAGAUGCAAGUGAAUUACAACAUCGUAUUUCAGCUUUCACACGGGCUGUUGAGGUUCGUAGAGAAACUUUAGAUCUUGGCUGUGGAUUUUAUUCGCAUACCAAAGAAGCGCUAGCUUGGCUUCAUAAUGCAAGAGAAACACACAGUCCAGGUGAACACUUACCUGCGUCUAUUGAAGGUAUGGAAGAUGAGUUGACUAGCUUCCAUCGAAAUCGCGCAGCUAUGGAAAAGGAUGUAGAUCGUGCACUGGCAGAAGGUGAAGCUUUGAUAUCCAGACUGAAGGAUGCUGAAGAAGUCUCGCAUUUACGAAGUGUGUUAAAUCAAGUUUCAAAUGAACGAACAACUGUCUCUACACUGCUAACGGAGCGUCAAGUACGCCUAGACUUAUGCCUACAGUUGCGAUUAUUCGAGGCUGAUGUUCAUUCAGCAUUGGAUUGUCUACGUCACAGCAUCCCAUCAUUAUCUAAUUUGAACCAGUCUAAUGAUAUCACUUCUAACCAUCAAAACAGUAGUACUAAUCGAUACUUUUGGCUAGCUGAUCCUCGACAAGCACCAGAUAUGGCUUCUAUUGAAGAAGUAUUAACUUCAUGUCUAUCUGUUUUACCAACGGCUGAAGAGGUGUUGAAUAAAGGCAGUGAAUUAGCAAGAGCAUUUGAAUCAGUCGGUGUUAAUUUUCCUGCAGGUGGUCCUGGUUCCAGUGACUCAGGUAUGGGUGACAGUGCAGAAACAGCUGUUGAAAGGGUUCACCGACUGAUGACUGAGCUUGCCGAUGUCGUUGCCUCAGUUGAUGUGUUGAAUGAACGCUUAAACGGUGAACUCGAUUGGCGUCGUCUUCAGUUACAAAGUAGACAGGUGUUACAUUGGAUAGGUCAAUGUGAAGGCAUUCUGCAUCAAACCGCUGUAAUUCCAGCCAGUUUAGCAGAAGCUGAAACACUUUAUGCCGACCAUGAAAAAUUCCAACCAGUUCUGAAUGAUGCUCAUCCACAAGCUGUUCAGUGUGCUGCACGUGCAAGCUACUUUUUGCAACAAACAGCAUCAAGCAAUUCAUCGACACAUGCAGGUUCUUCGAACACUGAGCAUCCAAGACGGAAGGAUUAUCAGUCUGUUGCUGAAACGGUGGCAAAUCGUUGGCAGAAGUUAGUUUAUUCUGCAGAGGAGCGUCACAAACUUUUGAUUUCUGCAACUAAUUGGUAUCGAACAUCAGAUCAAGUGACUUCAGUCCUAUGGUCUCUAGAAAAAGAAUAUCUGGAGAUUCAGCCAGUUAUUUGGCUCAGUUAUCGUCAAAGCAUGCUGAACAAAAGAAGCAUUCUUGAAAGCUUGUAUGCUAGCCAGGCGUACCUCAGAUUUGUUCAGUAA